AUGCAUGACAUUGAUGUACCAAUUCAAAUAAAUAUGCUAUUCCUUCCACCAACAAACGAAAUUAUUAGAGUUGAUAGUAACUCUAAACAACAGCAACAACAGCAAAUAAAUAAUGAAAAUGAAAAUACAAUAAAUAUUAAUAACAAUAAUAAUAAUAAUAAAGAUACAGUUACAAAAGCACCACCAACCAAUACAAACACGUCAUCUGAUUGGACCACCAAGUUUAGUAACUUAUUCUCACAAAUUACAAAAAAAAAGAAAUCAAAUUACGAAUUAGAAAUUGAUGCAUUAAAAGAUGCUUUUUUAUUAAAUAAACCAAUUAACAAUGAAGAGGGUAUUUUAAUCUAUACACUAAACAAAACAAAAAAAUAUAUUCAUUCUUUAGCAGAAUUAGAUAUUGGUUAUGUAUAUUUAACUGAAAAGGAAACACCAAUUAUAAGACAAAAUGAAGAUGAAAUUAUUUUAGCAAAUAAAAUUAUUAUUCAAGCAAAUACAAUGAAACAUUUUUCGAUUAAAGGAAUAUUACAAGUUGAAAUUGCUACAUUAGCAGUCGAAACAUUUACAAAAAGAAAGCUGUCACAAGGUCAUUUGUUAUUAGAAGAGGAUGGAUUGUUAUGUGCUAUUAUUUAUAAAAUGGAUCAAUUAAUAACAGAUACUAUUUAUUGUAAUCAAGAUGAUACAGUUAUGUUACAACGUUUACCAGGCAACGACGGUAUUAGAUUCCGUUUUAGUGGCGAAUAUAAUAAACAACAAGUUCAACAGGCUAUGUUGGCAUUCUCGCAACCAUCAGAUCCAUUGGUCUGGAAAAGAAUUAUUGUACUAAAGGAACAGCAACAUCAUUCAAGUACCAAUUUUACUGGUGAUAGUGUUACCACUCGUUUCUUAAAUAGACUUUCGACAAAAAGCAAAGAGGAAAUUAAUGAACUUAAAGCCAAAAGAGAAAAUACCAUUUUGAAAUUAAAGAACCGUAUGAAAAUUGAUUGGGAAUGGAAAUAUACCUCCAGUUCAACUGAAGUACCAGAACCACCAACCUUUAUCGAUAAUAUGGUUAACCGUGUCAAAGAAAAAAUUUCAAGUAAUAACAAGUUAUCAGAUUUAUUAAAUUCAGCAAAAAAAUCAGCUGUACCAAAGGAUACCACCUUAUCAAACCCACCAAGUCCAUUUUUAGAUAGUGCUAAUAAAAUUACUGCUGCCACUGUUAAAAAUGAAAAUGAAAUUAUUAAAAAAUCAAUUUCUACACCACAAGAAGAGGAUAUACUCCCAGACUUUGCCUCAUUAUCUUUAGGAUCAGACAACCCAGCUCCAAUUUGUGCUCCACCACCACCUCCACCUCCACCUCCACCACCACCACCACCAGCUGUUAUGAAAUUACAACGUAACGCAUUAAAUACACCAAAGAAAGCUGGUGGAUCUUUAACUCCAAUGCAAAAGAAAAUGAGACAACUUCAUUGGAAUGCUAUUCCAAAAGAAAAAUUAAAAGAAACAUUCUGGGAAAAUCUUUCACCUGUUAAAGGUAAUGAUAAUGAUCAAACUUUAGUAGAAUCAUGGUUUUCACUUUCUCCUUUAGCUAAAGAUAAAUUAAAUGCAUCAAACAACUCUUUAGCCUCAUCAUCAAACUCUGUCGAAGCACCCAUUCCAAAUAUCAAAGUUACUAUCCUUGACUUACGUAGAUCCAAUAAUAUCUGUAUUCUUUUAUCACAAUUCAAGUUAUCAUACGGUGCAAUCAAAGAGGCCGUCCUCUGUUUCGAUAACGAUAAACUCUCUGUAGAACAAUUAAUUGCUCUUGAUGCCAUGUUACCAAUCACCGAAGAAGAGUACCUUUUAUUAAGUGCAUACAAUGGAGAUAAAGAUAAUGUUGGUAAUGCCGAAAGAUUCUUAUUGGAAAUGAUGUCAAUUAACCACUUACAACAAAAAAUUAAAUGCUAUCUCUUUAAACUCGAGGUUGAUUCCCUUAUGCAACAAAUCCAAGCUAACCUCGAAACUCUUUCAAAAGCCAUCAACCAAUUACGUGAAAGUAAGAAGUUUAUAAAGGUAUUAAAAGUUAUAUUCCACAUUGGUAGUAUCUUAAAUCGUGGUACCUAUCUUAACUCCACCAAAGGUUUUAAACUAGACUCAUUAUCAAAGCUUUCAGAAACCAAGAGCAAAGAUCAAAAACAUACUGUUGUAGAUUUUAUAGAAAUAUAUAUCCGUGAAAAUCAACCAGAACUUUUACAAUUCUAUAAUGAAUUAGAUUUAGUAGAAAAAGUUGCACAAUUAUCAUUGGAAAGUAUUUUAGAGGAAGUUUCUGAUAUUGAUAAUAAAUUUAAACAAGUUCAAGAAGAAAUAAGCUAUCAUGAAACCAUACCAGAAUCACCAAUUCACAAAGAUACCUUCAACGAAAUUAUGAAGCCAUUCUAUACAACAACAAAUACAACUUUUAAUACAUUAAAACAAUUCUCCCAAGAUACUCAAAAGCAAUUCCAAGACUGUUGCAUCUAUUUUGGAGAAGAUGGCACAAUCUCAUCAAAAGAUUUCUUUUCAAAUAUUAUUAAAUUUACAAUUUCAUUUAAAAAUAGUAAUUUAAAACAAUCAAAAUAA